CCGUCAUCGUUAUCGUACGGAGAACCACCGUCCGAUCUUCCCAUAUAUAAUCUCUCUUCCUUCUUCAUCUUCUUCUUUCGAGAUCUUGUGAUUUUCACAGAGAAUUUAUGCUUCUGGUUUGCCGCUCCAAAGCUUGAAUCGUCUGCAGAACUCACCGCCGACGCCGACGCAAGUUUCUAUCUGAAAGUUUGAUUUCACGAAUCUUAGGGCUACAAAUAGUGAGAUAAUUUGGCAGUAGUGAUAUCAUCACCUGGUUGCUGAUGUGUGUAUAAAUGGACGCUUAUCAGGAUCAGAUGUUUGGUUACGUUGCUAGUCCUGCAGAUUUAUCAUAUUCAUCUUCUUCAUCUCAACCAGUUGCUUCAUCAGCUCCCAACAACAAUUGGUUAUUCGAUCCAUUAAAAUUCAAUUUCGGAAACUCGCCUAGCUCGCAUUUUGCUUCUCACUUGGACUUCGAAGCGAACACUCCAUUAAGCGGUAGCCCUGACAAUCAACAUAGCUCAACCGAGAACAAUAUUUCUGCUAGAGAAAGUCCUUCCACUGAUUAUCAUUAUGAUGAAGAGACUCAAGUCAUCGCAUUGAGGCAACUAGAGUCCGUUCUCUUGGGCUCAGAUGAUGAGGAAGAAGAGGCAGCGGUUACAAGCCUAUCUCAUGGAGAAAAUAAGCGUCCUCCUCAACCGGCUGAUCGUAGGUCCCUGGCUUGGAGUCAGGGUACCCAAGAUUUAAGUGUACCACAAUCUCGGACAAACAGCGGUUUGGUUUAUGGUGGAUUAGGGGACGAUUUUCAGUCCGACAAACGGCAUAAGGCGAUGGAGGGAUUGUCUGUUCAAGGAGUACCUCCCGGUAAUUUGAAGCACUUGCUUGUUUCCUGCGCUAAGGCAUUGUCUGAUAAUAGAAUGGACGAUUUCGUCAAGUUGGUUCGAAAAGCGCGAGAAUCGGUGUCGGUUACGGGCGAACCGAUCCAACGGGUCGGUGCGUAUAUGGUGGAAGGAUUAGUAGCGCGAAGAGACGCCUCGGGCACUAACAUAUACAAAUCUCUCAAGUGCAAGGAGCCGCAGGGUAAGGAUUUGCUUUCCUACAUGCACGUCCUCUACGAGAUUUGCCCCUACCUAAAAUUUGGUUACAUGGCUGCGAACGGAGCCAUCGCUGAAGCUUGUAGGAACGAGGAUCGAAUCCACAUCAUAGACUUCCAAAUAUGCCAAGGAACGCAAUGGAUGACCCUCUUACAAGCCCUAGCGGCUAGACCUGGAGGACCGCCCCACGUUAGGAUCACCGGGAUUGACGACCCGGUGUCGAAACACGCUCGAGGCGACACCUUGGAGGCAGUGGGGCAUCGUUUGGCGGCCAUCUCUGAUAAGUUCAAGAUCCCGAUCGAGUUCCACCCUGUGCCAGUCCUGGCACCGGAUGUGAACCCUAAGAUGCUAAACGUAAUAGCCGGGGAGGCUUUGGCGGUGAACUUCCCGCUCGUGCUACACCACAUCCCUGACGAGAGCGUGGACGUGGAUAAUCCUAGGGACCGACUUCUAAGGACGGUGAAGUCAAUGAAUCCAAAGGUGGUUACGUUGGUGGAGCAGGAAUCGAACACGAACACGCCUCCGUUCCUUCCUAGGUUUAUGGAGGCGUUGGAUUAUUACCUAGCGAUGUUCGAGUCGAUCGACGUGGCGGUCCCGAGGGACCGGAAGGAAAGGAUAAACGCGGAGGAGCAUUGUCUCGCUAGGGACCUCGUGAACGUGAUUGCGUGCGAGGGGAGGGAGAGGGUGGAGAGGCACGAGCUUCUCGGGAAGUGGAGGUUGAGGUUUAUGAUGGCGGGUUUUAGGCCCUACCCGUUGAGCUCGUACGUGAAUUCGGUUAUAAGUAAGUUGUUGAAGUUUUAUUCCGAGAACUAUAGGCUUACCGAGAAGGAUGGUGGGAUGCUUUUGGCAUGGAAAGAUCGGAAUUUGGUGUCCGCCUCGGCUUGGCACUGAAAAUUCCUGUAUGGAAUGAAUCGGGUCGGGACUUUAGCCAGGUAUUAAUAAGUGUGUUUUACUAAUCUGUUGUAGAUUGCUGGCAGUGAAGAAGGUUAAUUAAAUGUAAUCGUUUUUUUUUUGUAUAUGGAUAUUGAACUACUUAAACAUGAUUAUGGAACUACUUAGUUAGUACUUAUAUAGAGACUUUUAAUUGACA